GUCUGCUAAGUCAUUUUGGGGUUCGUCUGGGGUACAUUCCGGGGUCAAAGAGGCUCAUAGAGAUAAUUGUUGGGGGGGGUGGGUUGUUUGGAGUGUUUGGGAGAUGAGAAAGAGUUCGAAGGAUUCUGGAGUGGCAAGAAGUGUGUCUCUGUCUCUUUUUAAUGUGGUGGAUAUUCCUGAGGCACUUGGUAAUAUUUAUUUGCCUUCCGGCAGUAGUCUAGUUAUAGUUUUCUUUAUAAUUAGUUCGUAG